GUGUCAGGCAUCUAUGCAGGCUCGUCGCGCCGAUCCGAAAUAAAAAACUUUCCAUGAGGAUCUGGGAUAUUGGCCGCUUGGUUCUAAUAUUAAUAUCAGGCAAAUUCCUCGUUCAUUUUCUCCCCUUGGAAUAUCAGGAAACCCCAGUGACUUAUUAUCCUUGUCACAGCCGGUUACCGUACGUCUCUAGAUACUUAUGCAUGUACAUUGAGACCCUUGAGUAACUCAGUAAUAGGCGAACCAACCAUUUUCUCCCAUUUAUUUAUCUAUAUAAGGAUCGAUUAUCACACCACAAGAUGGCUGACGACGACACUUUAACCCUUCCUACCCCUGAGGAAAUUGCAGCUCUUGACGAAAUCUCAGGUGAACCAGAUCACGAACAUUCGGUCGAUAAUGUGGGAAUGAAAUGCAAAGUGAAGGAUCUCUACGAGGGACCUAUGACGAAGUGGGGGGAUAUAACCUGGGUUGAAGUAUAUCCCGAGAACGUCAAGAAGGUCAACAUAGAGGACAGAGAAAGAUACGCCUUGGUUGUUAAGUAUAAAAACAGCAAUGAGGAAGAUGAUCCGUUAAGAAUCCACGAGAUCACUGUGCAAAGUCCUCUACUCAAGAGCUUUCUCCAGGCCGUAAUCAAGGACGACCCUAGUUUGAGCCUGAAAAGCGCAGUCUUAGAAGAACCAUUCAAGGAUAUCUUCCAUCAUUGGACAGAGCUCAAGGAAGCUGCUUCUGAAUAUCACGACGAGGAAUCAAUCCGCCAUAUCCAACUACUAUUCGACCUAUUAAACAAAACGAUUAACAAGGCAUACGAUCAUUAUAAGGACCUAACCUCAAAAUCGCUAAUAACAUUCGAUUACUUGUGGACAUUGUUCAAACCAGGCGAUAUUCUAUUCGAACCAGGAGAUUCAAGGCCUCGCAUGUAUCGGCUCCUAAAGACUAAACAUAAAACCAUGCCUCUUAUAAUGGGAAAAGUGUUAAGAGAGUUUAAGCUGAAAUAUCUGGGCAUCGAUACGGACGGCGAGAAAUUUGGUUUCCAGACCAUCAAAGUCACCAUUGACGACUUCAAAGGGAUAAAAAAGAUCACAGACUUGCACGUAUAUCCUGAACGUUUCAUGGAAAACCGUAGCCACAUCCGUGAUCAGAUUUCUGCCCGCGGCAGGAAAUUCUAUUCGCUAGGAGGCAUACACUACAUGUUAUAUCAAGGAACAGUCUCCGAAGACGUUGAUGGUCGAGUUGUCGUCGAUGCUAAAGGAUACUAUCAAUAUACCUCCGCUAGUAUUCGUUUGACCUCCCUCCCUCAGGAUGAUUCUCAGGGUUCAGAUGUCGAAACCACCUCUAAAAAUGGCCUGACAGAGGAACAAUUACUCAUAUGCAGUCCGACUGUAAAUGGAUACUCUCUCACUCGUAAAAAAUGGGUGCAGCUAGACGUUAGUGAGGUUACGGAUAUUGAUUGGAACCCAGACGCCUUCGCCAAUCUAUUGUUGCCAAAACAGUAUAAAGAGUUGAUUCUCGCAUUUGUUAAGACAAGGCUCGCGCAACUAGAUGGCUUCGAUGACUUUGUCAAAGGGAAAGGCCAAGGCGUCAUAAUGCUUCUUGCCGGUUCGCCAGGCCUUGGGAAAACUUUCACAGCAGAGUCAGUCGCCGAAGAGGUGCAUGCACCCCUAUAUUCCGUGACUGCCACGGAACUUGGUUCUGGCGUCUAUUCACUGGAGACAUCUCUUACUGAGGCGCUGAACCUUGCUGCGCGGUGGAAAGCCGUGCUGCUUUUAGAUGAAGCCGAUGGAUUUCUUGGACAACGCAAAAUCCAUGAAACCGAAAGAAAUAGGUCGGUCGCAGUAUUCCUGCGUACUCUUGAGUAUUAUAAAGGUAUACUAUUUAUGACGACAAACCAAGCUAUAACCGUUGAUGCGGCUUUCGGGUCACGAAUUGACCUGAAGGUUAACUACCCACCCCUCACACAGGCCUUGCAGAAGGGCAUUUGGCGUAACUUUAUCAAACGCUUUCCAGAAAAUGCAGCUUUCACCGAAGCCGACCUCGAUACCUUCACCCAAAGGGAUAUAAAUGGAAGAGAUAUUAGAAAUGCCGUGAAGCUUUCUAGUAUUCUAGCGAAAAGUCGUAACGAAGCAUUGACGCCAGGCCAUGUGAGGGAGAUACUUAAAGUGGUGUAUGAUGAUCUUUGGGAAACAGUUGAAGGGGAAGUAGCUAAAGAAGCACCCCGUAGUACAGGGCUCCAGUUUUGGAAGCACUUCUUGACCAACAGGGCGGGACGGACACCAUUGUAACCACCCGAACAUCUAGAUAUAGGGCUUUGCUCAAGAAUCGUAUUCCUUGGGGUUAGAUUAGUCGACCAGUUAUAAUAUAAUUGCCAUAGGAUUGUUCUGCUUGGGAGUUAGGAUCUAGGUAUUUCUGGAUUUUCGAUAUCAGGGGGCCCUUAUCGAUACGUCACUCUUUAGGAAUUCACACUUCAUGAAUUGUGAUUUUACAUAC